GGUCUCGGGCAGAAACCAGUAACUGGAGCAGGAGAUCAGGAUCUCGGGGUAAAUUGGAGGGGCGGCUCAUGGAUACAAAGUUGCCAGAAAAGCCCCAGAUCUGCCCCAGAGGCAGCCGUCAGAUCGACUUCAUCGAAGAUCCGGAAUCCUUCGCCUACAGCGACUUCUUCCACCAGUAUUUGCUCACCAACACUCCGUGCCUCUUCUCUGCCAAGUUCACCGAAAGCUGGGGCUGCCGCGGAGAUUGGGUCACCUCUGGGGGCCGACCGGACUGGGACCACCUGCUGCAGAACUUUGGAGACGCAGUUGUUCCCGUGGCAAACUGUGGCAUUAAGGAGUAUAAUUCCAAUCCCAAGGAACGGAUCCCGCUGCGGGAGUACAUCAGAUACUGGAGGGAUUACUCGGAGAACGGCUGCCGCUCUCCCAGGGGGUGCCUGUAUCUGAAAGACUGGCACAUGCGCAGAGAGUUCCCAGACCGCGCCGUGUACAGCACUCCCGAGUAUUUCUCUUCGGAUUGGCUGAACGAAUAUUGGGACUUCAUUGAUGGAGACGACUAUCGCUUUGUCUACAUGGGACCCAAAGGUUCUUGGACUCCGUUCCACGCCGAUGUCUUUCGCUCGUUCAGUUGGUCGGCCAACGUCUGCGGUCGUAAGAAAUGGCUGCUGUUCCCCCCGGGGCAGGAGGAGCAUCUCCGGGACCGCCACGGAAACCUGCCGUACGACGUGACAUCGGCUCCGCUUCACGAUCUCAGCUUGUACCCAAACGCACACAAGUGCUGCUCGCCCCUCAGCGUCAUACAGGAACCAGGGCAGAUGAUCUUCGUUCCGAGCGGCUGGCACCACCAGGUCUACAACUUGGAAGACACGAUUUCCAUCAACCACAACUGGGUGAACGGCUGCAAUGUGCUGCUCAUGUGGAAAUUCCUCCAAGGAGAGCUGGAAGCGGUUCAUGCGGAGAUCGGAGAGUGGGAAGACACCAUGGAGGACUGGCAUGGGCACUGCCAGGUAAUCAUGAAAUCCUGCACCGGAAUUGACUAUAAAGAAUUCUACAGUUUCAUUAAGAUAAUUGCAGAAAAUCGUAUUGGAGUUUUGCAGAAUUCUAGCGAAGAAAGAAAGAAAGCUCUCUCUGAAGAAAGCUCGGCCGGCUGCGAUCCGACGCUCCCGGGACCCCCACACGCCGCGUUCGAUCUGAAGAAGGCCGCGGAAAUUUUAACGCUAAUGUUGGCCGAUGACGACUUUCAAAAACUGGACAAAGAGCCUCUGUCCCCGCGCCCCGACGAAUUAAUGCAGCGGCUGAAAACCUACGCUUAGUCCUCCCCGCGUUCGAUAAUAACAGCGCUACGAUGUAAAACA